AUGAACGCCGGCUUGCAAUGCCUUAGUCAUAUCGAGCCAUUUGCGGCCUUCUUCCUGAGUGGAAGAUAUGCAGGUGAAGUCAACGAAGCAAACCCCAUGGGCUCCAAGGGGCAGCUCGCCGAGACCUUCGCAGAACUGCAGAAGGUUCUUUGGCAGAGUGAACGUCCAGCCCAGAAUCCUGGUGAGAUAAAGCGGCGACUGGCAAAGAUAGCUCCUCACUUGUUCCAGGGCUAUGAGCAGCAAGAUGUUCAGGAAUUUCUCGCAUUUUGCUUGGAUGGCUUGCACGAGGACCUGAGCCGAAUCAGCGAGGCUCCGCCUGCACGGACAGAAGCUGAAGAACAGGCAGAUGAACGUAGCUGCAUUGGCAAGUCAGAAGAAUUUGCUGCCGCCCUUGCGUGGAUGCGAUACUUGGAGCGCUCCAAGUCAUUCCUGGUGGAUUUGAUGCAGGGGCAGCUCAGAUCCUGCCUGUGCUGCAUGCAGUGUGGCCAUCGGUCCAGGAAGUUUGAGCCGUUCAUGUACCUCUCAUUGCCGGUGACCCAAGAGAUGUCAACCGUUUCGGACGCAAUGCGCGAAUACACCAAAGAGGAGGUUCUCUCUGGCAAUGAGCAAUGGUUCUGUGAAAAAUGCAAGGCCAAAGUCGACACUAAGAAGAAGAUUGACCUGUGGCAACUUCCGCCAGUCUUGGUCAUCCACUUGAAGCGCUUUGAGUUCGACGUGCGCUCUGGCUACUUCCGGAAGAUCAACACACCCUUAGCCUGCGACUUGACCAUCGACCUUUCUGGCUUUUGUUCAUCCACCCAAAGGCAGGGUGCUUUGUAUUCAGUCGCGUGUGUUGCAAACCAUUCUGGUGCCUACGGAAUGGGACACUACACUGCAACCUGCCGUGUCGGAGACCAAUGGUACAAAUUCAACGAUGAAAGGGUGUCUCGACAACCCCCUGAUGAGCCUGUGGUGGGGAACAGCGCCUACGUUCUUUUCCUUGUGCGGCGGUCUCUCGAGGACGGGUACUACUCUGCCGGGCACAACUCACCGUUGCUCAAGCAGCAGACGAUGAAUAUGCCAGAGCUUUGGCCACAUCAGCUCUCGCAGGAUUCUGACAAUUUGGAUGCAGAGAAGCAUGAUGUGGAGACGCCUGUGUGUGGUAGCUUCGGCGGCUGGGGCGGAUGGUCACUUCGCCACCAAAGUGGCGAACGGAACGUCCUGUUGACCGAACGGUUGCGUGGAGACGGACCGCGUUGGCCCCUUGGGCUGCUUGAAUUCGUGGAUUCAGAGCUCGGGGAUGGAGCUACCGAGCCACCGAGCGGAGAUGCAGUCCCAUGCAGUUGGUAUCAGGAUGACGUGGAAGUGCAGCUUCAGGGCCUGCUGAGGUCUGCAGAACCUGACGGAGAAGCACUUGUCAAGGCAGUGGACCUUGGCCUGUUGAACAGCAUCAAGGAGCGAUACGACAAUUUCACCGACAUGCGAGAGCAGGUCAUCAAGCGCUCUCGGGACAUCGGCAAGGGCGCCAAAAAUGCUGUGCAACUUGGCUUGGCCGUCGUUACACUUCCAAGUUCGGGCUCUCCACAGAACCCCAGGUAUGCCCUUCAGCGCGCAGACUACCCCAAGGCCAGUACAACUUUCAAGGAUUUUAUUUCAGCAGCGCCGAACCUGCAGCAACACCCAGUGAUUCAAGAGUUUGUCCCAGUGGCAGCGCUAAGCUUGGACAACGCCUCGGGGCUCAAUGCCCGUUUUUCUCCAAGGCGGCCUGUCGGCUUUAGCGCUGCUUUGGAAGAGAUGGCCGAGGUUGCAUGUUUCUUUCUGAGGCUCUUCGAGCUGACCUUGCAGGAGUACUUGGGAGGAAUUCUGGACCUCACCGGUGAGGACUAG